AUGAAAAGGAAAGAUGAUCUCCUCAAGAAACGGUCCGUAACAACUCCUGAGUUACAAACUUCAUUCUUGGAUAAUUUAAAGAAAAAUGAUGUCAGUAAUUUAGUUAAAGUGAAUCAAUAUAAAAUAGGUAGAUCAAGCUCAGCUAAUGUUUUUAUGGAAUAUGGCGGGGACUUUUCAAAUGAUCCAGAUCCAAUUUUGGUAAAAUCUUCUGCACGAGCAUUAUCACAAACUCAAAAUCUGACAUCUAAAUUGAAUAUUGAUGACAAGAUUGGAUCUCAAAAUGUAAUAAGAAGUCCUCCAUUAAAUAAUUCCGCUAUUUCAACUAUAGGAAAAUCAGCUUUGAGUAAUAAUGAAGUAAAAGAAACAAGAAGUGCACCUAGAGAAACAGAACAGCUCAUUAUUGAACCCUUUAACAGAACAAUCAAUGAAGACAAGAAACCUCAAAAACCAAAGCUAGCUGCAAAUGAUGAAAAGGUAAUUGCACAGAAAAAUAUAUCCCAAAAGUCUACUAAUCACCAAAAAAGCACCAUUGAAUCUAUUGAUGAGAAACCUAUUCCUAAUUUAAAAUAUUCAAUCAAAGUUUUGCCAAAAUCAAAAAAGAGCAACCAAGACAAGGAAAUUUAUGGGUCUUAUCCUAACGAAAUUAUGGAACCAAUCCCACCACAGCCAAAAAUAUCUGAAGAUCAUGGAGCAAGUUCCAAACCAGAAAUAAGCACAGACCAUAAUACAGGUACAUCAACAAUUAUGGAGCAAACAUUACCAUCAAAUUCCGGGGAUAGCUCAGAUGCAAACCUUAAGUUUUCUGAAGAAGUGGCUUCAAGAAGGGAUGCAACAGUGAUAUAUACAAAAAAGAAUGAUGAAAAUAUUUCUAGUGGAUCUAUUAAAGAGAAAAUUGAUGAUUUUAUUCCAAGUCUUGGUGCUGGACUAAUUAGCUCUAGAAACCUGAUGCUAGGUGCUAGCUCAAUUAUUCGAAAUUAUCGAAAUUCCAAUGUAUCAGAAUAUUCAAAAGAUGAUCCUUAUGUGACACCAACUUCCACACCAGCUCUGGAUGGAAUAUCUAAAAAAAGUCUUAAAUUUUUUAUUGUUGCUUUAAUUAGUCUCAUCAUACUACUAAUUGCAGGAUUUGUUCCUGCCAUUUUACAACUAUCUAAGGGUACCCAUAACUCCGUCAACCAUUAUUUUCAAAACAAAAAUAAUCUUCCUCAUUUGAGAGAGCUUGCUGAAAAAUAUUUGAAACUGAAUAACAAAUUUGAUUUUGGAAAUCAUUACAAUACUAUUGAUGGAUUAAACGAAGAUGUCAAGAAAGAUCUGGAAGUUGUUCUGCUAAUGAGUACUGUUUCAAAUGUUAUGUUCCAUGGAAUUGCUUAUUCACCAAUUAAUGCAUUAGAACCUUAUUGUGGGUUUGCCAAACAUGAUGCUAUGUUAGAUUUAGCUAAAUUAUCAACGGUAACAACAAGAAUAAGAACAUAUGGUAUGCAAUGUGAUCAAGCUGAUUUAGUUUUAGAUGCAAUUGAUCAUAUGAAUUUAAAUAUGACUUUAGCAAUGGGAGUUUGGAUUGGGCUGGAUGAUGAAGUUAAUAAACAACAAAUGAAUUUGAUGAAAAAAGUUGUGGCAAGAUUACCAGAGCCUUCAAGAUUAAUAAAUUCAAUUUUCAUUGGUAAUGAAGUGUUAUUUAGAGAGGAUAAAACAGAAAAUGAAUUAAUAGAAUAUAUUCUUGAUGCCAAAAAUUAUUUAAAAAUGAUGCAUAUUGAUGAUAUUGCGGUUGGAACUUCGGAAAUUGGUUCGUUAAUUAGUUCAAAUUUAUUGAAAAAUUGUGAUGUUGUGGGUGCUAAUAUUCAUCCUUUCUUUGGUGGUGUAUCGGUCGAAGGUGCUACUAAAUGGACUUUAGAUUUUUUAGAGUAUCAAAUUAAACCAUAUAAUCAAGGUAUUAACACUCAUAUUAUUAUAACUGAAGUUGGUUGGCCAAAAGGUGGUGGUCUGUACAAAAAAGCUAAUGCCACAACUGAGAAUUUAAAAUCAUUUAUUAGUGAUUUUUUAUGUAUUAUGAGAAAUAUACCUAUUGAAUAUUAUUUUUUUGAAGCUUUUGAUGAACCAUGGAAACAAAUAUUUUGGUCACCUAAUCAAAAAUGGGAAACUGAAUGGGGUAUUUUUAAUUCUGAUAGACUGAAUAAGUUUUCACUACAAAAUUUAGGAUGUAUUUAG